AUGGGGAAGAAUUCGUCCCUCCUGGACGCCCUGCCGUCGACUCAGGGCACGUUGCACGUAGUGAUGUUGGGGCUGGACAGUGCGGGCAAGACGACUGCGCUGUACAGGCUCAAGUUCGACCAGUAUCUGAACACCGUGCCCACGAUCGGGUUCAACUGCGAGAAGGUGAAGGGGACGCUGGGGAGGGCGAAGGGGAUCAACUUCCUGGUGUGGGACGUGGGCGGGCAGGAGAAGCUGCGCCCGCUGUGGAAGAGCUACACCCGCUGCACGGACGGCAUCGUGUUCGUGCUGGACAGCGUGGACAUCGAGCGCAUGGAGGAGGCCAAGAUGGAGCUGGUGCGGACGGCCAAGUCCCCGGACAACGUCGGGGUGCCCAUCCUCAUCCUGGCCAACAAGCAGGACUUGCCGGGCGCGCGCGAGCCUCGCGAGCUGGAGAAGCUCCUGGGGCUGCACGAGCUGGGCGCGGGGGGCGGCGCCGGGGGCGGGGGCGGCCCCAACUCGUCGUCCACCCCCAGCUCCCCGCAGCACAUGUGGCACGUGCAGCCCGCGUGCGCCAUCACGGGCGAGGGGCUGCACGAGGGCAUGGAGGCGCUCUACGAGAUGAUCCUCAAGCGGCGGAAGUUGGCAAAACUGUCGAAAAACAAAAAGAGAUAA